AUGGUGGUGAUAGUGGAUCUGGACGAUGAGGUCCAUGAUCCUCACUCGGAUACCAAUGGCUUUGCCAAUCUAACCCAGCUACGCCACUCACUAAACGUUGGGAAUGCCACCAGUAGCGAUGAUGGAGACGACGUUCGCCCGAACCCCAACAUCAAUGGAUUCUCGGCCAUCCUGAGCUGCUAUCCCAUAGUUUCCGAGCUGGCUUCGCACCUUGAUUUGAACUCCCUACAUGACCUCUCGAGAACCUGCCGACAGUUCCGCGCAAACCUGCUCCAGUACCGCAACCAGCUUGUCACACAAACCCUACGCUGCUCAAAUGAGGCUCUCGCACCCAGCGCACGUCUGGGCCGUGAACUGAUAGCAGCACACACAGCAUGGAGAAGCAACGGCUUAAGCAAUGGAUCCCUACACCCUGGCCGUAUCACGAGCGGCAAAGUAGGCCGCUGCGCACGAGACAUGGUCGGCGAAUGCCGCAGAUGCGGUACGGUCGUCUGUCGAAACUGCACCAUUAAACCGCCCUCCUCAACCACUCUCAAAGGCCGCUACAGACGCCUCUGCCGCACCUGCAUCCACGCACCGCUUAGCUGCCUCACGUCUCCGCAGUUAGGACAAGCCGCCUGCUCGUCCUCUUCCGCGUCCUUCCCUCCUUCCACCCACGAACCCGACACCUCCUUCACAGCGUCCGCAUUCUCCCGCGGCCCCUGCACUUGCACUGAAACAAUCUGGCUCUGCGCGACCUGCGGCAAUUCGCUCAAGAACGCCGACACAUCCUACACGCGCGCGUGGGUCUGGCGAAAGCAAUACAGCCACAUAGUAUGCGGUCUCGGCACGGGCAUCGGCGAGGGCUACGAAGGCGUGAAAUGCGGGCGCGAAGCCGAUUGCCUCGCCUCAAAAGUGGUCGAGCAGGAGAUGGUGUGUACGACCGAGGAGCUGGAGGAGAUGGAGCGGGAGGCGGCGAGAAGGGAGAGCGAGGGGGGGAGCUGGGCGGGCACAAGCUAUUUGAUGCAGGAGAUUGAGGGGAUCGGAGGCGUGGUCAAGAAGAAGGUUAAGCGGAGAGUGAGGGUUGGGGCGGUGGUGAGGGAGCAUGAGGACGAGAGGGACACGGGAAGUUACCUGAGGAGGGAGCAGCAGGGUCUGGUCAGGAGCUGGUGUGCUUGGUGUGAGCGGGUGAUACCUGGUAAGAAGGAUGUUGAAAAAGCGAGGAGUGAUACGGAGACGGAUUGGUCGUCCUCUGCGAGCUCGGCAUCGAGUUCGUCCGGGAGGACUGGCCCAUGA